GUCGCAUCAACCAGCGUGAGAUCUUUGCCGCCGCCAACUGCUCCGAGGCUGCGUGCGAGGCCUCCGACUGCCCCAAAUGUGCAGCCGCCGGCAAGUGCAUGUGGACGCGGCAGUUCAAGCGCACUGGUGAGACACGGCGAAUCCUGAGCGUGCAGCCCACCUACGCCUGGGGCUGCUUCAGCCACUCGCUGCUCAACGUGUCCCCAAUGCCCGUGGAGUCGUCACCACCACUGCCCUGCCCCACCCCCUGCCACCAACUGGGGUCCUGCACCCCCUGCCUCGCUUCGCGGGGGGCCGAUGGAGGGUGGCAGCGCUGUGUCUGGAGCAUCAGCCUGCAGCAGUGCAUGAGCCCCAGCUUCGUGCCGCUGCGCUGUGCGGCGGCCUGCGGGCGGCUGCUGCGGGACCCCGAGGGCUGCGCCCCUCCCUGCGCCGGUGCCCCCCAGUGCUCCCGCUGCCUCCAACUGCCCCGCUGCGGCUGGUGCGCCCGUGGCCCCGACGGCUCCGGCCGCUGCCUUGAGGGGGGGCUGCGCGGCCCCCGCCACGGGCUGGCGCAAGCAUGUGGGGCGGGGGCUGUGUGGGCCUUCCUGGGCUCCCCUGAGAACGAGUGUCUGAACGGGCACCACGACUGCAAUGCGACACAGGACUGUCGUGACCUGCCCAGCGGCUACCGCUGUGCCUGCAAGAGCGGCUACACCCUUGACAACAGCACGGGGCUGUGCCGGCCCGUGUGCGAGCAGGGCUGUGUGAACGGAACGUGCGUGGAGCCCAACCGCUGCCGCUGCCACUUCGUUGUGGGGCACAACUGCUCCGUGCCCUGCGAGUGCAACGGGCACAGCCAGUGCCGCGGGGUCAGCGCCCGCCAGCACUGCCUGCAGUGCCUCAACAACACCCAGGGCCCGCAGUGCGAGCGCUGCCGGCCGCUGUUCGUGGGCUCGGCGGCGGGCGGGGGCUUGUGCCGCCCCUGCCGCAGCUUCUGCCGCCAUCACGCCACGGUCUGCGUCACCCGCGAGGAGCUGGAGCGCGCCCGCCGUGACCCCGCGCGCUUCCCGCUGGAGCCCACCAUGAUCCCCACGUGGGUGCCGGAGGGUCCCAGCGAGGCGGCUGCCGUCUGUGUCAACUGCCAGAACAACAGCGUGGGGGAGCGCUGCGAGGGCUGCCGCGCCGGCUUCUUCCUGCUGGAUGGCACCUGCACCCGGUGCCAGUGCAACGGGCAUGCGGACACGUGCAACGAGCUGGACGGGACAGGCUGCCCCUGCCAGAACAACACGGAGACGGGGCCCUGCCCCGGCGGCGCCGAGCGCAGGGACUGCUACAAGCUGCAGUGUGCCAAGUGCCGCGACUCCUUCCACGGGCACCCGGUGGGGGGGCAGCAGUGCUACCGGCUGAUGGCGGUGGAGCAGGAGUAUUGCCUGGACCCCACCUCGCAGAGCAACUGCUUCCACCAGCCCCAGCUGCGCCACCUCCCCCCCGGCCGCACCGUCCUCUUCGGGGUCCAGCCCAAGUUCACCAACGUCGACAUCCGCAUCACCUUGGACGUCACCUUCGGCGGCGUCGACCUCUUUGUCUCCACCGCCUACGACACCUUCGCCAUCGACCUGGAGCCCCGCACCGGCCGCCACUUGGUCCGCCUGCAGCCCCCCCAGGGCGCAGGGGUGCCAGGGGGAGCCCCCAACGCCACGCGGCUGCGGGAGGAGCGUGCCAGGGGGCUCGUCACCUACCUGACAGUGCAGGAAGCGGCGGCGGCGUUGGUGGUCCGGGGGGUCCAGGACCGCCUGGUCCUCACUUACCCCCACGCCCUGCACCCCCUCAAAUCCAGCCGCUUCUACCUCUUGCUCUUAGGGGUGGGGGGGGCCGGGGGGGGGUCCCUCUCAGGGGCUGGUUUUUUCCGCCAGGAUCAGGCCCACAUCGACCUCUUCGUCUUCUUCUCCGUCUUCUUCUCCUGCUUCUUCCUCUUCCUGGCGCUGUGCGUGCUGCUCUGGAAGGCCAAGCAGGGGCUGGAUGCCCGCCACGAGCAGCGCCGGCACCUGCAGGAGAUGACCAAGAUGGCCAGUCGCCCUUUCGCCAAGGUCACGGUCUGCUUCGAGCGGGGGGGGGGGGGCCCCCCGGACCCCCUCCUGCACCCCCACCCCCACACCCCCGCCGCCGAGCUGGACUUACCCCCCCUUGCACCCCCUCCCCGCCCAGGCGCGGGGCCAGUGACCCUCGAGCCCACCGAGGACGGGGUGGCAGCUGUGGCCACGCUGCUGCUGCAGCUGCCAGGGGGGGCACGGGGACCCCCCCACCGCGCCGCGCUGGCCUCGGCCCUGGUCACCCUGCGGCAGGGGCUGCAUGAGUAUGGGGGGGGGGCGGCCCCCCCUGCGCGCAAGGGGGGGCUGGCACAGGAGCUCACCUCCAUGGCACUCUGAGGAGGGGGGUGGGGAGAUGUGUGUGGGGGAGCGCCCCCGAUUUUGGGGGUGGGCCAGAAGGGACCCCUGGCUGACCUGUGGGGCGGUCACACCGCUGCACCCCAGUAUGUGGGGGGUCUGUGUCCUACUGCUGCACCCAGUAUUUGGGGGAGGUCUCAGACACGAAAGGAUGGGUGGGAAGCGCCCCUAAAUUUGGGUGGGGGGGGGCCACAGGGACCCCUGCCUGAGCUGGGGGGCGGGUCCUGCUGCUGUGCCCCAGUAUUUGAGGAGGGGAAUGGGGGGGCCCAUAUGUGCCCCCCCCUCCCAAUUGGGAGUGCAGCACCUCCCGCCCACAGACAGACACCCACCCCACAGACUUGAGUGAGGGGGAUGCACAGAGCCCCCUCUCCCACCCCUCAUCCCCCAAGGACUUGGGGGGGGGGGGGGGGGGCAGCCGCAGAGCAUUACCCAGCUUUUUUUUGGGGGGGGAAGGGUGUGCCCCCCCCCCCUCCCCUCACAACACUAAACACUCUG